AUGUUUGGCUUACCCUUACGCUGUCAAAAUCCUUUCAACCUUACCUUAGCAGAUAUUCAAGGUUUUGGUGCGGUUUUGACGGGUUUUGCGAGUAGAGCAAGGUUAAACAAGUUGCGGGAAGGGAGACGGGGCACGUCAGAAGUCACUCUAGAAAACCUCCGAACGAAACCAGUGAGUCUAGGAAAAACUUGCGUGCAGUAA